GACAAAAGCCCCUUCGAUUCACUGGACUUGGCUCACUUAUCAAAGCUCAACCUGCCAAUCAAUCCAUGCCGUCUGAGCCAAUGACGUCCACGACGAUGCCGCCGUGGAUAUUCGUCUUGCUUUGUGCAAUCAACUUUGUCAAUUACUUUGACCGAGGCAUCACUUCGGGCGCCCCGGCCCAGUUCCAAUACUUUAUCCAAGUCUCACACAACACCACCGACCCUGGCGCACUGCUUGGCCUGCUCUCAUCGUCGUUUGUGACCACGUUCGCCAUCUCGAUCCCGCUGUUUGGCUACCUCGCGAUGACCACGAAACCGUUUCGACUCAUUUCCAUUGGGCUGGCCGUGUGGGUGGUUGCCGUGGCGAUCUCUAGCAUUUCAAAGUCCGCCAACAGCUUUGAACUUUUACUUCUGGGUCGAUUCCUCAGCGGAGUGGGGGAAGCCUCGUUCCAGUGCAUUGCGCCCCCCUUCAUCAACGACCACAGCCCGAGCAACUUCCAGACGAUGUGGUUGGGUGUGUACAUGAUCUCUUCUACCGUGGGAGCGAUUGCGGGUAAUAUCGCGGCAUCAACGCUGUCUGCGACUUCUUGGGGCUGGGACUCGGUGUUUGCCAUGGAGGGGCUCGCAAUGGUGCCGUUGCUUUGGCUUUGCUUCUUUGGCGUUCCCGACGAGUUCAAUCGCAUCCGAAACGACAACCCCACCGAAUCCCAAAGCUUGUUGGCGACAGAAAGUGAGUCACACAAAUCGUUUUUCGGGGAAGUUUGGGACGUUUGUACCAACGCUACGUUUGCGUGGCUAUCGCUUGGCGUGGCAGCCAUGAUGUUUUCGAGUGCGGGGCUGGGCAUUUUUAUCACGCUGUUGCUCCUGGGCCUGGGGGUAUUUUCGUCGGAAACGGAUGCUAAUGUCACGAUGGGGUUCCUAACAGUUGCAACAACCUUGGUGGGCACACUACUGGGGGGCGUAGUGCUGGAUUGGACGAGCCGUGGUGCCCCAUACAUGCGACAAUACUAUGCUGUCCGUCAAAUGGCAUUGGGGUUUCCAUUAGGGCUAGGGGCCAUGCUCCUCUCGCUGGCUGCCUUGCCUGACAGAACAUGGUUCUUGGUGUGGAAUGGACUCACAACUGUCAUCGCCGGUACCAUUUCGCCCGUCGUGAUGAUCGCCAUGUUUCACUCUGUCCACCCAUCACAACAAGCCCUCGCCGUGGGGCUGAAUUCCCUGUCCCAGCAUGUGCUGGGGGAUGUCCCCGCCCCCAUCAUCAUGGGCUACAUCAAGGACGCUUGGGCUCCUCACUGCAACAGCGUACUUGUGGACGGCGUCGUCGUGCUCAACCCAGAGUGCCAUCAAGACAAGGAUGGACUCAUCCAAGCCAUGAUGUUUCCGCUAGCGUGGAUGGCUUGGGCCGUUGCCUGUUUUGGCAUUGCCUUGUACUUUGCUCGACGGAAUAUGGUCAAAGCCAAAAAUGCUCUGCUCGAUUCACCGUAAAUAUUUAUUUGGAUCACUUGGCUUGACAAUCAAUCUUUCCACUGUUAAGACUUGUUUCUCGCCAAGGGUCUCAUCAACGUAGGGCUAAACUCUUAGCAUGAAGUAAAAGGAAUAAUGUGUGAAAUAUUGUAGAUUUUCUUCAAAUUUCUCAAUUUUCAAUGGUUCGUUCACUUUCAAUCGAGCACAAACAAUGCCGAUUGGCUAAUUAGUAUCCACUUCGCCUUUCCGGUGAAAAUCGAGCAUGGAUUGUAGCCAAUCAGCGACA